AUGAUGCUGUGCUUAGGUGUAGUUGGUGGGUCCACAAAAUGUCUUCAACUCUAUGAUUCCAGUUACAGAAUCAACAACAAAAGAUUCCUUAAUCUAAACAACAACAACGGUUUCAAUUUCAAUACCAGGUGGCGUUUCAUGGCACUUGAAUCGGACUCUUCGUCUUUUGCUUCUUCUGUUGAUUCUGAUGCCUCCGAUAAAAACGCUGCUGCUACUGGGUUCUGCAUUAUAGAAGGACCUGAAACUGUACAAGAUUUUGCUAAAAUGGAACUUCAAGAAAUUCAGGAUAAUAUUCGAAGUAGAAGGAAUAAGAUUUUCUUACAUAUGGAAGAGGUUCGCAGGCUUAGAAUACAACAAAGGAUUAAAAAUGCUGAACUUGGAAUUUCGCAAGAAGAGCAAGAGAAUGAACUUCCGAACUUCCCAUCAUUCAUUCCAUUCUUGCCUCCUUUGACUUCAGCGAACCUCAAGCAGUAUUACGCAACCUGUUUUUCUCUUAUCGGUGGGAUCAUUCUCUUUGGUGGUCUUCUUGCUCCGAGUUUGGAGCUUAAGCUUGGAAUAGGAGGCACGUCUUACGCAGAUUUUAUUCAAAAUAUGCAUCUGCCUAUGCAGUUGAGUCAGGUUGAUCCUAUUGUGGCAUCAUUCUCUGGUGGAGCGGUUGGAGUAAUCUCUGCAUUAAUGGUUGUUGAGAUAAACAAUGUAAAACAACAGGAGCAGAAAAGAUGCAAGUAUUGUCUUGGCACUGGAUAUCUUGCCUGCGCUCGCUGUUCAAGCACAGGAGCACUUGUUCUGAUUGAACCGUUAUCCACCUUCAAUGGUGCAGAUCAGCCUCUAUCACCACCGAAAACCGAGAGAUGUUCAAACUGCUCGGGAUCUGGCAAGGUCAUGUGUCCAACAUGUCUUUGCACUGGAAUGGCCAUGGCAAGCGAACAUGAUCCUCGAAUUGAUCCUUUUGAUUAG